AGUGGGUUUUGGUGGUAAGCGUUACAUCCGGUGACUAGCGCACGUUGGAAUUCAAAGGUGUAUGCAUUCAAAGGAGCCUGAAUAGUUCAUUUGAAGCUAGUUAAUUAUGUUUGCUUCCUUGAAAGGACUGUCAGCGAUAGUGACUGGAGGCUCCUCAGGACUUGGAUUGGCUACAACCAAAAAACUGAUUGCUGAAGGGUGCAAGGUGUUAGUGUGCGAUCUACAAAAGUCUGCCGCAUUGUCAGAAUUAGACAAUGACUGUGUUUUUUGUGAAACAGAUGUUAGCCUGGAAUCUGAUGCAAAGAAAGCUGUUGAUUUGGUUAAGCAGCAAUUUUCGAAUCUCCACAUCCUGGUCAAUUGUGCUGGAUAUGCAAUGGCAUCCAAAACUUAUAAUGUUCAACGCCAUAAACCCCACUCCCUAGACUUAUUUGAAAAAGUCAUAAAAACUAACCUUGUUGGUACUUUCAAUAUGAUUCGAAUCGCAACUGGUUUAAUGUUGGAAAAUCAACCAGAUGAUGAUAAUCAACGUGGUGUGAUAAUCAACACUGCUAGUAUAGCAGCAUAUGAAGGUCAGGCUGGACAGGCUGCUUAUGCUGCAAGCAAAGGUGGGAUCGUUGGACUUACUCUACCAAUUGCUCGUGAUCUUGCACGAGAGGGAAUUCGAUGUGUAUCAAUUGCACCAGGUCUGUUUCACACGAAGACAAUAAUGGGUGGACGUGGAUUCCAUGACUAUCGACUAGAAUAUCUGAAUGAUAUUCAGCUGGUAAUUCAGCGUAUGGGUAUACCGGAAGAAUUUGCUGACUCUGUAAUAAAUAUCAUUCAAAAUCCAAUGAUCAAUGGUAGUACAGUGAGGCUAGAUGGAGGCGGGCGUCUUAUAUUUCUAUGAUACACGGUACAAAACUCAGUUUUUUCCUUCUUCUUCUUCUUCUUCUUCUUCUAAUGCACACAUGUAAAAUAUCCAUCUUCACGUGUAGAAAAAAAAAAUUGACUUUGUACCGUCCGAACUCAUAUUACUCUUUUUUCUAAAUUGUGUUUCUCUAGGACUUUUUGACACUCCCCUACUCAGUGGUACUUCAAAUGUUGAAUUCUUGACAAAGCUUACAUUAUUGCCCGCACGUAUAGGCAAACCCGAGGAAUUUGCACAACUUGUUGAAGCCAUCAUUCGUAUACCAAUGUUGAAUGGUUCAGUAAUUCGACUGGAUGGUGCUGUACGUAUGCCACCGUAGUUUAUUAUUUAUCCUUAGCGAACUGGGACAUCAUGUUCUCUGGGUUGUUGCAUGUGUACGUAAAUCACUGUAAUGUAGUGCAUAAACUUAAAGUUGAUCU